GACAUCCACCUCAAGUUUUCGCGCGUCAAGACGCUUUCUAGGUCUAUCCUUUAAACAAUUGCUGUAGAUCAGUUAACGUCUUUAGUCUGUUAAUUAUGUGUACAUUUUCAUAAGGAAAUUUGUAUUUCAGUUGCAUACAUUUUCCAAGGCAGAUUUUGAUUAUUGUGAUAUGCUGUGCAGUUGAUAGGUUAUAUUUGAACUAUUCGUGAACAUUAGCUUAAUGAAUUAUUUGAGUUUUUAUCUUAAAAUUGUGUCAUUUUGUAGCGAAAUUAUGACUUUCUUUACUUCAAAUAAUAGUAAUAUAAGUUUGGAAACGGAAUUGGCAGAAGAUGUGCCUCGUGAUGAGCGCUUGGCUCGAAUUGAAAUAGCCCUUUUGAGCAUCAUAUUUUUCAGUGCCGCAAUGUUAAACUUUGUACUGCUAUUGGUGCUGUGGAAGCGGAGGAAGCAGCUGUCGAGGAUGCGCGUCUUUGUUUUUCACCUUUGCCUGGCAGACCUGGUGGUCACCUUUUUCCAAGUUUGUCCGCAGCUGAUGUGGGAUGUAACGGACAGAUUCAUUGGUCCUGACAUAAUUUGCCGCCUGGUGAAAUACAUGCAGGUUGUUGGCAUGUUUGCCUCCACUUACAUGAUUGUAGUGAUGACCAUUGAUCGCUACCAAGCCAUCUGUAACCCCAUGGUGACUUUCCAAAGGCGCAGAGCGAGCUGGAACGUGCCUGUGUGCGUUGCAUGGUCCGUGUCCCUCUUCGGCAGUCUCCCUCAACUGUUCAUCUUCUCCCGAGUUCAAAUUGCGCCUGGUGUCUAUGACUGCUGGGCUGACUUCAUCAAACCUUGGGGACUAAAAGCUUACGUGACCUGGACCACUGUGGUGAUAUUUGUGUUGCCAAUCUUAACUGUUAUCGUUUGCCAGGUGCGUAUUUGCCGAGCUGUUCAAAUCAACUUUCACAUGAAAACACAUCAAGCAUCGGAAAUUGUCACCAAACCUCUGCACUCCAGGACCAGUAGUGUUGCUGGAGUGUCCAAAGCCAGGAUUAAGACCGUGAAGAUGACUGUGGUUAUUGUUCUUGUCUACAUUAUCUGUUGGACUCCUUUCUUCACUGUCCAGCUGUGGUCUGUCUGGGAUGUCCAAGCACCCACUGAGACUGCAACUUUCUCUAUCCUGAUGCUUCUGGCAAGUCUGAACAGCUGUGCAAACCCCUGCAUCUACCUGCUCUUCAGCGGGAAGUUCCCCAAGAGACUCAUGGCGGUGUGUGUUAGCCAGUCGGACAUUAAGGACUCCAUACAAGAAGAAGCCACUGUGGUCAGCUCCUUGUACAUCAGUUUUAAGAGCCUUUCCGAAUCCAGAUGAAACAAGCGGCACAGCGGGGCUGAUAGAGCUUGAUGUAUACAGUUGAAGUCGGAAGUUUACAUACACUUAGGUUGGAGCCAUUAAAACUCAUUUUUC